GCAGUACCCAGUGAAUCAAAUCAGAAAUGAUAAGAAGAUGAAGGAAUUAAGAGGUAGAAAUAUUAUUUAGGAGUUAGGAGAAUCGAAUAGUUGUAGAUAGAGAGAAAGAGAGAGGGGGUCCAAGCGUGACUGUCAAAUCUUCACUUUCUCUUUCUAAAACUACAAUCUCCUUCACCUUCUCUCUCUACAGUUUUUCUCAUAAUUCAUGAGAAACAACAGCACCUAACCUUUAUUUCAUCAAUCCAAAAAAUCGCCGAUCCUUUUCCAUUCUUCCUCGGGAAUCCCUCGUCUUCAAUCUCUGUCUUCGCUUCCAGGAUAUAAUGUCCCAGAUUUUCAAGGACUGGUUUUGAUUAGAUAGAGUUCUGACUCCAAAAAAGGGCAAGAUACCAUGGAGGGUGACACAUUCUCAGGACUUGGCAAUGGUACCCAGAUAGAUGGCAAGAUCUUGCAGACAUUUCAAAAGAACUUUGUUCAGGUCCAAAAUAUCUUGGAUCAGAAUAGGCUUCUCAUUAAUGAGAUAAAUCAGAACCAUGAAUCCAAGAUCCCUGACAACCUGAGCAGAAAUGUGGGUCUGAUAAGGGAGCUCAACAACAAUAUCAGGAGGGUAGUUGACCUUUAUGCUGAUCUUUCUACCUCCUUCACCAAAUCCAUGGACGCCUCUUCUGAGGGGGAUUCUAGUGGUGCCUUGAAAUCUGAUGGCAAAGGUGGCCACAAGAGAAAUAGACCUGCAUAGAGACAUCUUUGUUUUUCUUAAUUCUUUCCAUGGAGUAAAGGAGGAUUUCACAAAUUGUGUUGAGGUAGUAGAACAUGAUCAUUAGAGAUUAUGUAGCUUCGUAUCAAUGCAGUGUCUUUAGCUCUUCACCCUUUCUUCUUUGCUGCUUUUCUUAGAGAAAUAAUCGGCCAAUAUUUGUGUCCAGUUGUAACUGUUGAUCUAAUUGAAAUCAAUCAUGCUUGUGAAAUCA